AGCUAGAAAACACUCUCAACAAACACAUUAAUCAACUCCCUGAUAAUUUGUUUCUCUAGAUCGAGAAAGAGACCGAUGUCAUCGCACAGCAACAACUCGGCUUCGGCGAACGAUCCACGACAGCCAUCGGCCGCGAAACCGUUUGUUGCACCGAUGGUUUCACCGCAGGAUCUACCCGUUGAUUACUCAGGUUUCAUUGCGGUUAUCCUAGGAGUGGCAGGCGUCAUGUUUAGGUACAAGCUGUGCUCGUGGCUUGCUCUCAUAUUCUGUGCCCAAUCUCUCUCGAACAUGAGGAAUAUGGAAAAUGAUCUUAAGCAGAUUUCCAUGGCAUCCAUGUUUGCAAUCAUGGGAUUGGUUACAAAUUACUUGGGCCCAGCUCGACCUGGCUCACAAAGUUGAGAGGGAGAUUCUUUCAAUCAGAGACCAAAAGAUUAAAAGUGACAGUAGGAUGGUCGUAUUUUGUUGGAAAAUUAUUAUAGUCGGUUGUUGUCAAAUUUGACAAAUGGAUUAAAAGAGAAGCUAAAUGUUCCCAACUUUGGUGAGGAUAAUUUCUUUUUCAUGGGUUUGCAAUUUCUCUAUUAUGUCCACCUAGUAUUCUGAUUUGUUUGAGCAGUGUUUUCUGUAAUCAAAGAAACAUGUUUACUCACUUUACCAAUGUCUUUGAUUUGCAAUUUCG